AUGCAGCAGCCGGCGCGGCGGCGGAGUCCGGGUGGCGGUGGGGGUUGGGCGGCGGCGGCCACCGUCGACGAGGCGUCCAUGGAGCGCAGCAAGAGCUUCAUCAAGGCCCUGCAGGAGCUCAAGAACCUGCGGCCGCAGCUCUACUCCGCCUCCGAGUACUGCGAGAAGUCCUACCUCCACGCCCAACAGAAGCAGAUGGUGCUGGACAACCUGAAAGACUACGCGGUCCGGGCCGUCGUCAAUGCUGUCGAUCACCUGGGCACGGUCGCCUACAAGUUGACGGACCUGUUCGAGCAGCAGGCUUCGGAGAUCUCAGCCUUUGAGCUGAAGGUGGCACGGCUGAACCAGCAAAUCUUCACCUGCCAGAUCUACGUGGACAAAGAAGGUGCCAGACAGCAGCAAAUGAUGGGAGCAAACAUGAAGCACCACAAGCACUAUAUCCUGCCAUCUACUAGUUAUAAAAGAACCCAGGCUGUUGCACACCUGGGAACAGACACAGAUCAGGAAUCAAAGCCUAGACCUUACCCGUCAGCAAAGACACUUUCUUGGCAUCUGGCAUCAGAUAAUAGCCCUUCAGUAAAUGGUGCACAAAAACCUACAUUCAUCCUAGGUGACAAUAUAUCGUCUAAACCUGCAUCAGAUGGUUUGUUUCUUUUUGGGAAGGAGUUGCCUGCUUCUCCCAUGCGCAAGCCUCUACAAUCGAAUCACAAUACCAGAUCUGACGUUACACAAAAAGGCAGCGCAAAGGAUCAGUCAGGCUUGAGGCAUAUGACGACAUUCAGUUCUUUCGACGGCCCUAAAGGGCGUGAAAUCCAAAAGGUUCCUGUCGGCACAAAGAGCAUGCUAACAGCUCUGUUUAUCAAGCACAAGUCAGUCAAGAUGAAAAAGAUCUCAGCCAGAUGAUCCUCUUUUGCUCAUGUAAUGCCAAGGGAUGUAACUGUAUGUAGAGUAAACUCGUUUGUUCUUUUCAUCUCAGAAUCUGUAACAUGUUAUCCUGCUGAUGAUCUAAAUGUAAGAUUUCAUAACAGAAUA